UCGGCUUUGUUAGCCAUUUUGUUUUAUUGUCAUUCUAUUGUUUUAUUGCGUGUUAACGUAUUUAAGAAUUUUGGAGUUCAUAUUGUUAAAAAUACUGUUUCAACUGUUUAAAUUUAAUAGUUCUAUUGCAAAUUUGUUACUGACGUAUUUGGGUGGUUUCAAUAAUGGAGCAAGGAAGCGAUUUAAAAGGCCUGGUGGCCUCCCGAGGCCAUGUAAAGAGUUCCAUAACUCGAAUGUAUAAUUACGCACGGGAAUUACAAGCGGCGCCAGAUUCAAAUGAUGAGAAAACGGAAAACGUGUUCGAGGUUGAAGGCCGAUAUUAUGACAGCAUAACCGGGCAGCAGCUCUCGAGACCCUCGGAGAAAGCGCGCCAGCAUCUUCUGUGCGCCGCAACAGCCUAGUAGCUUCAAAAAAUAAUGCUAAUAAAAAUAAUAAUGAUAUCAUAAAGCCCAUUAACUGUAAGUAUUGCAACUCACACAGUCAUAAACUGCAUCAAUGUCCAAGUUUCAAGCUUGUUGAGCCCACUAACCGUAACGAGUUUGUUUGCAAACAUAAAUUAUGUAAAAUAUGUCUUAAUGAGCACCUAAAUAAAAAAUGUUUUUUCACUUUUAAUUGUGCUAAAUGCAAGGGUACGCACAACACUUUGUUGCAUGAGGACGUUCCUCAAAGCAGUGAGCAGAAAGUCAGCUUAUUAGCUAAUAAAAAUGAUAAUGUUUUAUUGCCCACAGUUAGGGUUAAAUUAUAUAAUAAGGACGGGCUGCCAAUUUACGCACGUGCUUUACUUGACUCAGGGAGCCAAGUCUCAUUUGUUUCUUCUGAUCUUGCUGAUCAAAUAGGUUGUAAGUUACAGCCUACUAAUGUUAAGGUUACCGGUGUGUGUGAUGGUUCAAAUAUUUCAACACAACAGACCACAUUAGACAUCAAUUCUACUACAAACGAUUUUAAAAUGUCAUUGACUUGCCAUGUAGUAAAAAAUAUUACAUCUGACAUGCCACAGUUUUUGGUACAAAAACAUAAAUAUCAUUUUCCAUCCUAUGUUAGGCUGGCAGAUAAUGACUUUGAUACUUGUGACAAGAUUAGCAUUCUCCUAGGUUGCGACAUAUUUUUUCAGGUUCUACUUCGUGACCAGAUUCCGGUUGUGCCUGGGGAGCUAUUCCUGCAAAACACACGCUUCGGCUUUGUGGUCGCCGGGAGGGUUCCUGCCUACGCACCUACAUCUUCAUGCUUGGCUUCUAACUUUUGCACAACGCAAUCUAACCUCUCUGGCACAAGUAACGAGUUUAUUCAACCUCAUUGUCACUUAGACAAAAUUGUUUCACAGUUCUGGCAAACAGAAAAAGUACCUGAAGUUUAUACUGAAGGGGAAACUGAACAACAGUUAACUGAACAAAUAUUUAAAGAGUCUGUUGUUUUACAUGAUGACAAGUUUGAGGUGGCUUUACCUCUCAAACAGGAUAUUAAUAAAUUGCAUUUGGGUAAUUCUCUUUCAUGUGCAUUGAAACGAUUUCAUAACUUGGAAUUAAGAUUUAAAAAGGAUGACACUUUAUUUAAAAACUAUAAAGCAUUUAUUGAUGAAUAUGUAGAUUUAGGCCAUGCCAAAUACAUAGAUGUGUCUGAAUAUGAUUUGGAGGAGCAGGCAGUGUUCUUUUUGCCUCAUCAUCCAGUUUUCAAUGAAAACAGUUUAACUACAAAAUUAAGAGUAGUAUUUGAUGGUUCAAUGCAAAGUUUAUCUAAAAUUUCACUUAAUGAUGUCUUAUUAAAUGGGCCUGUUGUGCAGAAUGAUCUAUUUAGCAUUCUUAUAUUGUUUAGACUUUACAAGUAUAUUUUAAAUUGUGACAUUCAAAAAAUGUUCAGAUGUAUAAACGUGACACCAUCACACCGCCAAUUGCAAAACAUAUUGUGGAGGCCGGCUUCAGACAGUGCUAUACAGUGUCUGCAACUUCAGACUGUCACCUAUGGUCUAAAAAGCUCCUCAUAUUUAGCCACGCGUUGUUUGGUUGAGUUAGCUAACCGGUAUAGGGAUCAGUUUUGCCUGGCUUCCGAUGCACUAUUGCAUAAAACUUAUGUUGAUGACAUUUGCUUAUCUGAUAAUGACUUAGGUCAACUUAUAAAAACAAGGGACGAACUUAUUCAAUUGUUAAAAAAAGGUGGCUUUUCACUGCAUAAAUGGUGUGCAAAUGAUAAUUCAUUGUUACAGGACAUUCCAUUAACUGCUCAACAUAAAGGUGAUGUUCAUUUUUCAGAAAAAGAUAACAGUGUUGUCAGGAAUUUAGGUAUAAAAUGUAAAUUAGAUGAUGACACACUUGUAAUAAGUUCUCCUGAACAAAAUUUAUUAGAUAAAUACACCAAACGUGAUGUAUUAUCAUUUGUGAGCAAAAUAUUUGACCCAUUGGGACUGGUUGGACCUAUUGUUGUUAAAGCAAAACUUCUAAUGCAGCAAACAUGGCUGUCUAAAUGUAAUUGGGAUUCUCCUUUGCCCGACCAGCUCAAUCAGGAAUUCAAAACUUUUGCUGACCAUUUAACUAAAAUGAAUGAUAUUGUAGUUAAAAGAAAUUUAAACACUUGUGAAGCCAAGUCAAUUGACAUCAUUGGGUUUGCCGACGCUUCUAAUAAAGCCUAUGGCUGUUCACUUUAUAUGAGAUCUGUUGGUGUCAAUGAUGAGGUUACGGUGAAUUUAUUAUGCUCUAAAUCUCGGGUGAAUCCUAUAAAAGAGUUGAGCACACCUAGAUUGGAAUUAAAUAGUUCAUUGUUACUUGCUAAAUUAACUAAAAAAGUGUAUGAUAUAAUAAGUCCGCGAUUUGAUGUUAAUGUCUACCUAUAUGUUGACUCACAAAUUGUUCUGGCAUGGUUAAAAACCAAUCCUAUAAAACUCAGUGUAUAUGUGGCUAAUAGAAUCAAAUGUAUUAUUGAGUUGACAGGGAAUUUCUCUUGGUAUUAUGUAAAUACUUCACAAAACCCAGCUGACUGCCUGUCUAGAGGCGUAGAACCGCAUUUAUUACAAAGUCAUGAUCUUUGGUGGCAUGGUCCCACAUUUUUAAGACAGCUGGAUUUUAAUCCUGUGUGUGAAAAUGUGAAGUUACCUAAAGAAAUUCCAGAAUUAAAAACUUCACAUGUAAUUUCAAUAACUGAGGACUUACCAUUGUUUAAUAAUUGUUCAAACAUUGAUAAAAUGAAAAGAAUUGUUGCAUAUAUCUUUAGAUUUGUUAAAAAUUGUAAAAGUAAGAAAGAGGAUAGGAUAUAUGGUAAUUUAAUGCCUAAAGAGUUGGACUUUGCUUUAAAAAUCAUUCUUAGAAAUGAACAAAGAAAGUUUUUCAGUCAAGAAAUUAAUGUUUUAAAAUCUAAACAACCUUUAUUGAAGUCCAAUCUUAAAGCGUUAAAUCCCUUUCUUGAUAACAUGGAUAUACUCCGUGUAGGAGGUAGGCUCCAUUAUGCUGAUAUUCCAUAUUCAAAAAAGCAUCCCAUUAUAUUGCCUAAAGGUUCUAAAAUAGUUCAUUAUUUAAUUAAAAAGGAACAUGGAAUAUUAUUGCAUGCUGGACCCAAGCUUGUUUUGACUAAUUUAAGUCAAAUUUACCACAUUGUAAAUGGUAUAAGAGAAGUUAAGCAUGUCUUGCAUAAAUGUUUAAUUUGUUUUAAGUUAAAGGCUAAGAAUGCUGAACAACUUAUGGGUUCACUUCCAUCUGACAGGGUCAACCCUUGUAGAGUUUUUGAAAAAGUAGGUAUUGACUAUGGGGGCCCAUUUAAUGUAAAAAUGUUACGUGUUAGAAAGCCAGUUAUACAAAAGGCAUACAUACUUAUUUUUGUUUGUUUCAUAACAAAAGCUAUUCAUGUAGAAUUAUGUACUGAUUUAACUACAGAUUGUUUUCUAAAUGCUCUUAAGAGAUUUAUUUCUCGAAGGAAUAAACCUUCUAUUAUAUAUUGUGAUAACGCUAGUACCUUUAAGGGAGCGCAGAACCAAUUGUAUAAUUUGUAUAAGUUGCAGUCUGACACAAAUCACAGAAAUACUGUUGAAUAUUUCACAGCUGAUUCAGGCAUUACUUUUAAAUUUAUCCCAAGUUAUUCACCAGUUUUCGGUGGUUUGUGGGAAGCUGGCAUUAAAAGUGUUAAGCAUCAUUUGAAGAGAGUUGUGGGCAAUACUGUUCUCACAUAUGAAGAAUUAAACACUGUCAUUAUACAAAUCGAAGGCAUAUUAAACUCUCGUCCUUUGACAGCCUUGCCAGCAACUGACUCCAAUGAGAUGUCAUAUUUAACACCUGGUCAUUUUUUAACAGGUGCUCCAUUAACUUCUUACCCUGAGGGUGAUUGUACGACUGUUCCCAUUAAUCGUUUAAAGUUUUGGAGAUUAUGUACCCAUAUGGUGCAUAACUUUUGGAAACAGUGGCACAAACAAUAUAUCAUUCAAUUACAAAGUAGGCCUAAAUGGAGAAAUGUUUGUAAUAAUAUUAAGGUUGGCUCUUUAGUCAUAGUUAAAGAGGACAAUGUAGCCCCACUGUUGUGGCCCAUGGCUAGAGUAGUAGAUGUUUUUCCCGGGGCUGAUGGCAAAGUGAGAGCACUUUCCAUUAAAACUUGUAAAGGUUCUAUAGUGAAAACUAGUAUUCACAAAGUAUGUAUCUUACCUAUAGAUAAUGAGUAAGAAUAAUUUUAAGUUUAAAACAAAAAGAACAAAUAAUUUAUUUUCAAGUUUAUAUUAAAAACUAGUUGCUUAUUUUUCAUCAUAAUUAAAAAAAAACAAUUUUGUUCAUCUUUUUACUUAGUUUAAACGUUUGUACUUUUUAAUCUUUGUUCUUUUUGCCGUGUUGCGGAAUAUGUGUAGUACACACUAAAUUUAUUUUAUAUUAUGGCAACACCGAAUUCUAUUCCUUCUUCUACCCUUUAACCAUCAUGGCGAUGGGUGUUGCAUUUUCCACCUUUUUGUAAAAUUUAAUUAAUACAGUCCAUUUUAAAUAUUCAA